UCUGAAUCAUCUCGACUAUCUAGACCGUAUUGAUCGCGGCCUAAGCAGCUGGAGUCGGUCUGACAGUAACGUUGGGGCGGCCGCACGGAAAACACACGUGUUACACGAGCAGCAGCACGAUGGAGUCAAACUUGGCGUCCCUCACGAGGAGCGGACGAGGUCGUUGAAAUUUGAAAUCGUGUAGUCACACCGGUCGUGCGGAUCUCACGGAUGACUUCCGAUUUUCGUUUCCCCGACACGGAAGCGUCGUUUCCCGACGCAGCGCUUCCAUCGUUCGCGAAACGUGUUGCGGAAAUUCCCGCCGUUAGAAGAUUCGAUGAAUCCCGCUCGAUCUGAUCAAUUGUUUUUACUGUGGAACGUGUGUGGAAAUAAAAAUCUUGCUUGACUAAACCAGUCACGCUCGUUUUAUCCCUUUUACGCUUUUCCCGAUUGUGUGCAAAGUGAAAAGUUUUCAUGGUGAUAGGGUUGAUUCCGUUGUGUCACUCGCUGUGGAAAUGGCUUUGGUGCCGUAGCACGUUUUGUUGUUUCUGGAAAUUGUUGGAUAUAUCGAUGUGUCAAUUACAUUGAGUUUAUUCCGUUCGUUUAGCGCGAAGCUAGUCUUCGUACUCAUGUUUACCGUACGUGAUAUCGCGUUGCAUAAUUUGCAAGAUAUUAUUAAAUUUUUGUGUAAAUCCUGUGAUCGUUGUUCGAGAAAUUAUUGAUAUGCCAGUACAGUUAGUUACUUUAGUCCCGAGCGAACAAGCUGACUUGUCAAAAGAGAAAAAAAAUUAGAAAAUUGCUCUAAGUGAACUUUGGAUAUUAGUAUCGAUGAAGAAUUGCUACAAGUGCGGCGUAAGAUAUGUUGGAGAGUACGUUGGCUCUGUUUGCGCUUGUUAAUCAGUUCAAUUGAAUAACGUAUUAAUACUCCGGGGUCAUCGCGAGAAUUAAUCGCAAUGUCCACGCCGGACACGAUGGAUACCAUCGACGAAGCGGAACAAGCGUGGCAUGAGAUGCUGGAGUGUGAGACCGGGUCCCUUUUAGGCAGAGUGGCGGAUCUCGAAAGGCAAUCUUUGGCGCAGAGAGACGAGAUAGUUUGUCUUCGCGCCACUUUGGCGGACGCGUUAAGGCGAAUCGCCCAGCUCGAGGCAAGAGAAAAGCGGGAGGAUGACAGGAACGAAAGGAGAAACGAGAGGAUGGUGUCCUCGCCUUUAAGGAACGGCCAUGUACCUCUCAGAAGUCAAAAUUCGGUGCCACAGAAGGACUUGAGGCUGCGCCAGACCGGUGGCCUCAGAAAUUCCUCUUCUUCGGGAUCGUCGCAGGACGUCCGUGAUGCGACGUCCAGUCCGAGACGGCCUGCCAGCUAUGUGCAUCCCUCCCAACUUCCUCAAAGGAGAUCUGUCCACUAUCAGUCAACGGGCUCUUUACAUUCUGAUAGUCCGAGUAGUAGUAGUGUUUCUCCGGUGCCAUCGCCAAGCCCUAGAGCUACGCCACUGCCUGUAGCCAGAUCGCCCACGGCAAGAUCAAACGGACCGCCACAAAGUAGCCUAAGAAGAGCGAAGAGAUGGUCGUCCACCGGCGAUUUUACACAUUCUCCGCAAAACCAGGGAAGCAAUUCCCAACUCGUCGGUACCAGAUUGUCUGCGUCCACCAAGUCCCUGUUCAACCUGUUCAAGCCACCGGCGAUGAACAACGUCAAGCACGGCACUAGAGACAUGCAGUACAACGAGGAGGAAGGCACCGUCCGUAUGUAUCUACGCGGUCGACCAGUCAUUCUUUACGUCCCCACAUCCAUGAUGGAAUCCUACGACCUUCACAAAGUUAGCACGCCGCCGCAGAGCAAAUUGAAGCUCGACUGGGUCUACGGUUACCGCGGCCGCGAUUGCCGUAGCAAUUUACACCUUCUGCCAACCGGCGAGAUCGUAUAUUUCGUCGCGGCAGUCGUUGUUCUGUAUAACAUGGAAGAACACAGCCAGAGACAUUACCUGGGUCAUACAGACGAUGUUAAAUGCAUAGCUAUUCAUCCAAACAAAUUGGUUGUCGCAACAGGACAGGUGUGCGGAACGGAUCGUCGGGAUGCCAUGCCACACAUUAGAAUAUGGAACUCCGUGAGCCUGACGACUCUCAGCGUAAUCGGAAAUGGCGAAUUUGACGGAUCGAUUUGCUGCUUGUCAUUCUCCAAGGCCGAUGGCGGAAAUUAUUUGUGCGCCAUCGACGAGACUUCCGAUCACAAUAUAUCGAUCUGGGAUUGGCAAAAGAGCGAUCGUGGCACCAAAGUAACCGAAACGAAGUGCUCUGUCGACACGGUGGUUUGCGCCGAGUGGCAUCCGCUGGAACGUAACCAGAUCGUCUCUUGCGGAAAAGGACACGUGUCUUUUUGGUCUCUGGACAACGGCGGCAUGCUGUAUAAACGUAUGGGCAUCUUCGAGAGCAGAGAUAAGCCCAGGUAUGUUACCUGCGUCGCCUUCAAUCAAAAUGGCGACGUCCUCACUGGCGACAGCAAUGGCCACAUCAUCGUUUGGGCUCGAGGUACUAACACAAUCUCAAGGCUAGUGAAGAAUCUCCAUGAAGGAUCGAUUUUUUCUAUAUGUGUUCUAAAAAAUGGCAACAUUAUCACGGGAGGCGGGAAGGACGGCAAGAUUUUGUAUUUUGAUGCCUCUUUGAAUCUGACGGGAGAAGAAGCCCAGAUCGAGGAUCAUUUCGGCGGAAUUCGAACACUCUCGGAAGGAAGGGGGACUCAGUUAUUAAUUGGCACAACAAGAAACUGCAUUCUUGUCGGCGAGAAUGAUAUGGGUUUCAAUCCUGCAAUGCUGGGUCACGCUGAAGAAGUUUGGGGACUUGCGGCCCAUCCGACUUUACCUCAGUUUGCCACCGCGGGACAUGACAGAUUGUUGCAGAUGUGGGACAGUUUAAGUCAUACCGUCGUGUGGAGCAAAGACAUUGGGGAGCAAGCACAAAGUAUCACCUUUUCACCGGAUGGUAAUAUCAUAGUCGUCGGCUGUGUGUCCGGGAAAUGGUUGGCAAUUGAUAGCGAGACGCGAGAAUUGUACACACAUCAUAGCGAUGGUUCCGAACCUAUUCAGGUCGUUCAAUUUUCGCCCGAUGGUUCCUUGCUUGCUCUCGGCUCCAGAGAUAAUUAUAUUUAUAUUUACCAAGUGAACGAGGACGCGACCAAGUAUAGUCGAGUCGGACGAUGUAUGCCAAAGCGGAUUCGAAGGCACGGAGGACAUUCCAGUUUUAUAACUCAUUUGGAUUGGUCCGUGGACAGUCAAUAUUUGCGCAGCAACAGUGGAGAUUACGAGUUACUCUAUUGGAAUCCUGGUGUAUGCCGCCAAAUUCCACAAUCUUCGAUAUUAAGGAAUGUUGAUUGGGCAACUCAUACCUGCGUGAUAUCGUUCGAGACAAUAGGCAUUUGGCCGGAGGGCGCCGAUGGAACUGACGUGAAUAAUUGCACGCGAAGUGGUGAUGACAAGCUUUUAGCUACCGGUGAUGAUUUUGGAAAAGUCAAAUUGUUCUCUCAUCCAGCAUGCCAACCGAAGUCACUAUACCAUUCCUAUGGUGGCCAUUCGAGUCACGUAACAAACGUCUCAUUCUUGCAAGAUGAUUCCCGAUUGGUAUCGACCGGUGGCGCCGAUACCAGUGUUCUGCAGUGGAUAGUAAAUUAAGCGAGUCAUUCUUUUUCGAGCGAGUGAUUCUUAAAAGUGCACUUCAAGUUUGAAUUAAGAAGAUAAAAGUGUCAGCAUCACGUCGUUUAAAA